CACCUAGUAUAUCCAAGAAAAAUAAACUCCACUUCUCUGAUAAAUGACUCGGCAAAUUGCUUUGACUAUCAUGGUCAAUUUCGCUUAUUAUCUCAGUUUCACGCUGCAUCUGGAGUGGACUGCACGCAGUGUUUACGAAGAGAUAUUUCGUGCAACUUGCGCGCAAAAAUGGCCAUAUUAACCGAAUGCGCCCUUUUGGAUGCGCUCAUAAUAUUCUCGUCGCUAUUCGCGAUGUUAUAUUCAUGGAUGAAGUGGAAACAUACCUAUUGGCAGAGACGUGGCGUACCUACAUUGCCUGCACAUUGGUUCUUCGGUCACUUCAAGGAUGCGAUGCUGUUGCGCCGACCGGCGGGAGGGGUUCUCAGUGAACUGCACCAGGAAGCCGGGGAAUCAGAUGUCCUGGGGAUCUACAUCCUACAUAAGCCGUUCCUGCUUCUAAGGAAUCCGGAACUGAUAAAGCAGAUAAUGAUCAAGGACUUCCAUCUGUUCACGAAUCAUCACUUCAGAGGGGCAAGCAAUUCCGAUAAUGUCAGCAAAUGGAGUCUCUUCUCCAUACGAAAUCCUGAAUGGAAAUAUUUGAGAUCAAAAAUGUCACCGGUGUUCACGAGCGGCAAACUGAAGAGUCUCUUCGUGCUGAUGCAAGAGUCCGGGGAAAAAAUGAGAGAUCAUUUACUCGAUCAGAUUGGCGAUAAAUCUAACGUGCCGAUAACUGUCAAGGACACUUUCUACAUGUAUACCACCGACGUGAUAUCUUCCGUGGCGUUUGGAAUUCGGAUAAAUUGCUUCGACAAAGAACCACCGGAAUUUUAUGUGAACUCGCGUAAGGCUUUCGUUGUGUCCCUCAAAAGAGCCGUGCAGUUUUUCUUCUUAUUCUUCCUGCCGAAUAUCGGAAAGCAUGUAGGCGCCUCGAUGCUUGGCAAAUACACGGAUUACUUCCGCAAAAUCUUUUGGGAAUCUAUGGACAAUAGAAGCAUCACAAAAACGAAACGGGGAGAUUUAAUAGAUUCUCUUUUGCAAUUAAAAAAUGAGAAACCUGAUAACACUAAUAUUCGAUUCGAGGGUGACGCGCUUUUCGCACAAGCGGGGAUUUUCUUUGCGGCUGGUCGCGAGACCAGCAUCACUACUAUGACCUGCGCUCUUUUCGAGCUGGCCAAGCAGCCGGAAAUGCAGAAACGCUUGAGGGAGGAAAUCCUCAAGACAAUCAAGGAUGCGAACGGUGUAACGUACGAAGCGGUCCACAAUAUGAAGUAUCUGCAUCAAGUGAUAAACGAAACGCUAAGAUUUCAUCCGCCCGCGCCACUUCUCGAUAGAGUUCCUAGUACCGAUUACACAUUCCCCGGCACGAAGAUAACUAUUGAGAAGGACACACCGGUAUACGUCAUAUUACGUGGCAUUCAAUCUGACCCAAGAUACUAUCGGGAACCUACGCGUUUCGAUCCCGAGCGAUUCAGUGACGAGAGGAAGGACGAGAUUGUACCCUGCACUUUCCUGCCCUUCGGAGAGGGUCCACGGAAUUGUAUAGGUUUGCGGCUGGGAACUUUGCAAACCGCCGUGGGGCUAAUAGCGAUUUUACGUGAUUACGAGGUUUCAUUGAAUCCCGCAUGGAAAAGCCCCCUCGAUCCGCGAAACGUAUUCACCUCGCCACCGGCAGGAUUUCUGCUGAACUUUAAGAAGGCAUAACGCGUCAGCAAUACGCAACGAUAGGUAUACGACUAUUGCAAUUUUUAUGUUUUUAUCAUUGUUAAAUGUGUAUUUGAAUGUGUAUUAAAAAUAUUCUGACUGAUAGAUAUGUUAGCGGGACAUGAGUGACUCUCUUAUAGUGGAAAUGUAAUCGCUGUGAUUAUUAGCAAACUUCUUAUGUACAAUCAUCUUCUGUACAAUUUAAUAUUUUUAUAAUAAUUAAUUUUCUUAACAUUAUA